AUGAACAAAAUUAUUCCUUUAGUUGUCACUUUAAUCUGGAUCAGCUCUGGAGUUAAAGCUGGUUUUAUAGGUUCUCAGUUGGGUUAUAAUGCGGGAUUUUCUUCAUCCGUACCAUUUGCUGGAGAACACCACUAUGGCUCACCCUAUGCUGCACCUUCACCCGUGGCCCCCUUAAGACCACAUCAUCCUUAUGCUAAUGUGGGCUACUCUACACCCUCAGUUGUUAGAUUUCGCAGUAGUAGUGGUGGUGGUUUUGGUCCUUUCACCUCUUAUGCCUCAGUACGUUCUCAUCAUAAGUUUGCUUUUUCUGCUCCAGUACCUUCAUUUUAUAAUGCUCCAGCUCCAGUACAUUCACUUUACAAUGCUCCUGCUCCAGUACCUUCAUUUUACAAUACUCCCGCUCCGGUAAAUUCAUUUUAUAAUGCACCAGCUCCCGUGUCUUCAUUUUAUAAUGCUGCUGCACCAGUGGCUUAUGGCCCCCCUGCCGUAACUUAUAAUAGUUUUCCAGCUCCUAAUACUGUGAUUAAAUUUGGUCCACCAAUUACUACCACCACUACCACAUAUUCGACAACAGCAGCCGCUGCUGCUUCCGUACCCGUGGCCAAUCCUCUAAACGCUGUGGCUGAGGAACUAACCGCAAGAGAAGUGUUAAAUGUUAAAGAUAUUUGUGCUACAUUAAGCCUAAUAUUGGCCACAGUGCAAGCUGGACAAACAAAUUUAUUUUCGGAAUACAGUAUAACACCCAGUAAUCAAGUGGCCUACUAUCAUUAUCCAGCUCCACCCAAAUCACAACAAUUCCAUGAUCCCUCAGCGAAAACACUAAGCUCGCUACCCAUACCCACCAUAGCACCAGCAGCAACACAACAGGGUGCUGCCCAGACCUAUCAGAAUCAAUACCAAUAUCAUGGCAACACACAGCCACAACAACAAUAUGCCAGCAAUUAUCGUUCAGCCACAGCCAUUACAAAACAAUUUACCUCACCAGCUUUGGAUAAUGCUGCUUUCAACUUGGCCUUGAGCAAUCAAGGUUAUACGUUAGGUGGUAAUACUGCAGCGGCCAGUAGCUCCAGAUCAAGCAAAACAUCAGCAGCAUCAACAGCUUCUGCAGCACCCUCAUCGUCUGGUCCAUCAGCCUCAUUACCACCUCUAACUUCACUUAAUGUGAAAUUACCUCUACCCAUUGGCAUUACUCCCCUUAACAUUGCCCCCUUGCCUUUGCAGGCUGGUGCUCCCUACACCUCAAUACCCAACAGUGUUACUUCAUAUGGCACCACCUAUCCUCAAAGAAAGAGACGUUAGGCAGUUUAGUUUGAUAGCUAGCUAUACGUUCCUUUAACCUCUCUUACCUUUCUAACUAAUUUAGUGCAAUUUUUUUGUGUUUUCUUUAAUUAAU